AUGUUUAGAGAGAGAGCUAGUGAGAGAAAGACCUUUCGUGUGCUUGAUGAUUACCAGUAUUACCCAGAAGUCCAAACUGCUGCCCAUAACCCAAACGGUAAUAAUUUCAGAAUCGCCUCGACUUCCACCCAGCUUAAGACUCGUCCGGCAAUGUUCGUGGUGGAAGAAGCCUGGCAGAGGCCACACCAUCGGAAUUCGGUGGGGGAAAGGAAACUUAGAGUUAGACAACCAAUCCCACGAAGGUACAAAACCACGCACAACCCUGGGCCUCAGAGGAAUUCGAAAAGCCUCCAUUCUCUGGUUGAUCGGGGUGCUGGUAAUCGAGGGCACUCCUGCCUCUCUUGGAGGUUAGGACCUCGGGAGGCUACCCGACCACCUGGUGGUGGAAACAACUAUGGGUCUUGGUCUUUGUUUGUGGACUGCAUUCCCCAAGGUAUGACAUCAAGAUGGUUAAGGAGUAUUUUUGAAAAAGAUGGUUGUGUUGAUGAUGUAUUCAUAUCAAAGAAAAUUAGAGACUUUACUUAUGACGCCUUCGGUUUCGUCAGAUUUAGUAGUGUCCAAGAAGCAGAAAAUGCCAUUAGCAACCUUAAUGGAUUAGUAGUUAGAGGGAGGAAAUUAAGGGUCUCUAUGGCCAAAUACUGA